UCCUGGCAAUGUUUGACCGCAGGCACCUUUCCUUUGGCGCUUUUCAUCCAGGAAUCCCGAGCUCUGUGGUGUGCGACUCUCUGGAUAUGGCUGGAAGCAUCAGAGGGCCCGAACGGAGGAUCGUCCUUGUUGGCAAAACCGGAAAUGGGAAAAGUGCAACGGGAAACAUGAUUCUGGGAAGCAACUUAUUUAAAUCUAAGGCAGCAUUUGUUUCAGUGACCAAAUGCUGCCAAAGGGAGGAGGUGCAACUGGAUGGCAGGAAGAUUGUGGUUGUUGAUACGCCUGGCUUCCUCGACACUGGGCGUCCGGAGUGCGAAAUUACCAAUGAAGUGAGGAGGUGCGUGAAAUUCUGCUCCCCAGGUCCCCACGUUAUCCUGCAGGUGGUUCGCCCCGGCCGGUUCACCCAGGAGGAGAAGGACGUGGCUCGGCUGAUCAAGGAGAUUUUCAGCCUUAAAGCCAAGGCCUACAUGAUCAUCUUGUUCACCCGGAAAGAGGACCUGGAAGGCGGUUCUCUCGAGCAGUACAUAUCCGAGGGAGAUGCCUUCCUGAAGGAGCAAAUCUUCCAGUGCGGGGGCCGGUACCUGGCUUUCAACAACAAGGCCGAAGGGGAGGAGCAGGAAGCUCAGGUGGCCCGACUGAUGGAGAUGAUCGAUGAGCUGGUGGAAAAGAACAGCGAUGCCCCUUGUUACACGGAAGACAUGCUGAAGGCCGACAAAGAGAACUUCAAGAAAAAUUACCCCUGGUUGUGCACUCUUUUCGGGGUGGGGGUAGGGGUGGGGGUGGGGCGCCAGCGGUGGGAAAAAGGCGCAGCGCUCCCGCGGCUGCGGCGCGCUCGUCUGGAAGCGGGGCGCCGGCCAACCUCCCGGCCGCCAAGGGCUUGCUUGGACGCCCCGCCCACCGAGGACCGUCCCAAGGCAGGCGACUUCUGGCGGUCGGGCCCUUUCGCUAGGCUUGCGGGGAGCCCAGUUGGCGAGCGGAGCGUCGCUCGCAGUCGCUCCCGGCCCCCCACCCGGAAAGCUCCGGCUGGCAGGAAGCCGGACGGGGCCGCCCCUCUUCUGCCGUUCCCGGGCGCUCCCUCGGAAGCUUCGCGAGGCCAAAGACGUCUCGGCGGGGGCAGCGCAGAGACACCGGCCAAGCGACAGCGGUGUCCGGACGCGCCCGGCUUCAGCCUCGGGCCGGGGAGGCUUGUGAGCAGCCAGCGGGCGAGGUGGGUCGGGGCUCCGAGGCCGUCCGUGCUUGCUUCUCCCGGCAGGAAACGCGCCGGGCUGCAGGUAGAGAGGCCUGGGGUGGCUGGCCGGGUUUGCGCCCUCCAGGCGCCGCUCAACAGCGCUGCUGCUUCGGUGUCCACCGGUGUCUGCGGGGCAUGGUCAAAAAGUCAAGAUGGCGCCUGCGAUGUUUUCUUACUAGGCAGGCACUCAAUGGCCGUUGUGGUGGACGUGGUUCUCCUCCUCCCUCCUGUGCCCUGUUCUGAACUCUCCACCCCACCUUCGUGGCCAGCCACGAUGCAAGGGCGGGGCUGGGGGGGCUGGCAUUGCACAGCUUCCCUCGAGCCCGUUCCCUGCAAGCGCUGGCCCCCACGAAGGUGGCAGAGGCUGGGCAAUGGGCAGAGGGGGGAAGCGUGGCCCUCCGUGGGGUUAGUCCGGGUGCUUGUGUUCCAAGAGUUAGGGGGCCCCACUCUCUGCCUCUCCCCUUUGGUUGGUUCCAGGCAGAAGCGCAGCAUGGAAGGUGCCCUUGAGAUGCCCGCCCUGGGCCGCCCGUUCCAGCUGGGGAUGCUCUACGACUGCCGCAGAGAGCUGCUCAUCCGAAGUAUUUCUUUGUGGGAUGCUGAUAUGCUGCAAAAGGGUGUAACUACGAAGGACCAGCGGCAGACCGAGGUCCACAUCGUCGCAUCUGACUGUCCCCGAGACAAAGCCUCAGCCCUCAACCUAGAUGGGUCCCUGAAGGCGAGUUUCUUCGGGGGGCUUUUUGAAGUGGGGGGGUCAGCCGCCUACUUGCAAGACAAUAAGCGGUCCAUGAGCCAUGCCCGUGUGACUCUUCACCAUUCUACAACUACUGAAUUGAAGCAUCUGGCAACAAAACAUCUCGACAGAAAGAGCGUGUCUUACGAGGACGUAUUUGAGGAGGGGUCAGCCACACACGUGGUCACGGCAGUGCUCCACGGGGCUCAGGCAUUCUUUGUUUUUGAUUGUGAGGUUUCCAAAUCUGAAGAGGUCCAGGAUGUCCAGGGGCAUCUUCUGGGAACAAUUCAGAAGAUACCAAAGGUUGCAGCAGAAGGCAAAGGCUCCCUCAAAUGGAAUGACACGGAGAAAGAAAUGGGAGAAAAGACCAGUUGUACGUUCUAUGGUGAUUUCUCUCUGAAGAAUAACCCAACUACUUUCCAAGAUGCCCUGGAAAUCUAUGCCAGCCUCCCCCACAUAUUAAGAGAGAGUGGAAAGGUGGUGCCAGUGAAGGUCUGGUUGUACCCACUAAUCAGGCUGGAUCCUAAAGCAGCUUGUAUUGUGCAUGAUGUUCCAUUGAGCUGGCUCAGUGAGGUGGAGACUCAUUUGAAGUCACUAAUGAAAGUAGAUAUUCGGUGCAACGAUCUGAUAAACUCUCCCGUUGCCUCUGUCUUCCCAGAGAUGAAGGACAAAAUCAAACGACUAAAGCAUCUUUGCAAGCAACAUGGACAACUUUUCCAGCAAGAGAUAGGAAAAAAUCUGCCUGCUGUUCGUGGGGGAGAGGAAGAAGUGGCUGUUUUGUGGGGCGUGUUAAUGCGCUUAAACCAGACACCCUUCAGUAGACAGGCACUGAAGAAGUUUCUUGCUAGAAGGAAACAGGAGAUGGACUUUGUACAGCUUUGCCUUUCUCAGCUCAAAGGUCUGGAGGUCAUCCCUUCUCAGAACAAGCUAGAUAAGAUAUUAUUUGACCACAAAAACCAGCUCGUUGUCUCAUUUAUGUUUACUUCCCUACGCAGUGAGGAACCUUAUUUGUGUGAUCUGCAAGACUGGCUUCAGAGACCAAGUUUAGAAGGAAGUGCAGGACAAGCAGCAGAAACGUCUUUCUCAGAGAAGCAAACGCCCCAACGGUGGUUUGAGGAUGAAGAGAGGAAGCAGAACAUCCGCUAUGCUGCUUGCUCACUUUCGGACUUUGCUGAGAUCAGUAAAGAAAAAGGCAACAUUCGGUUCAUUGUCUCUUCUGUCUGUGACGAGCGCAAUCCAGGAGCUUCCAUUUACCUCUACGAAAAUGGAAAGUUGGUCAACACCCACCUGGAAUUGCCUUCCAGGCCUCCCCCUCCUACGAUUGAGCGAGUCCAACCGAAUUGUGUCCAGGUCAGCAUCGAUCCGGUGGCCUCUGGGAGGGCUUCAGUCUCCAGGUACCAGGUGGAGUAUCGGAUGGCGGGAGCGGAGUGGUGGAAACGUUUCCGUGCAGAAGGUCCUCGGAAUAAUUUCCCACCGGAAGACGUGCACCUGAAUAUCCGAUGCGCGGCUGUGACGCAACUGGGGCUUGGCCCGUGGAGCGAGGCGGUCGCUUGCCCCUGUCCUGUGGGGGAGCCAGGAAAGGAGGCUCAUCUUCAAGGAGAGGGAAGUCUGGGACCACAUCAUCGGAAAGAGAGAAGAGCCUGGCAUCUAGAUGGUUACAACUCUGAGACCCUGGAUCAAGACUUCUACCAGGCCUCCCGCUCAGCCCAUAAACAGCGGGGUGUGGUCUGUGUAUUGCUGACACUGUGCCCAAGCAGGGGUUUCUGCAGGGAGGUCAAAGAAGUCAAGAUGGCAGCCACCACCAUGCAAUACUUGAGUUUUGAUGUCCUCCCUGUGGACACCCCUGACCCCCAAGCUAUCAGUAGCAUGUCUUCGUGGCCUCAAGUAGAUGUUAGGGGUCAAUAUUCCAUGGGAGAAUAUUUGUGGGGGCCGGAGCUCAGAGUUGUCCUUGUUGGAAAAACUGGAGAUGGGAAAAGUGCCACAGGAAACACAAUCUUGGGAAGUGAAUGUUUUGCAUCUAAGAUGGGAGUCCACACAGUAACUAGAAGAUGCCAAAGGGGGGGGACGCUGCUGAACGGCAGGAACGUUGUGGUUGUCGAUACGCCUGGAUUUUUUGACACAGAGCUUUCAGAGCAGGAAACUGCUGCUGAGGUUAAGAAAUGUGUGCAGUUGUGUCUGCCGGGCCCCCAGGCCAUUAUACAUGUACUUAGGAUAGCUACUUUCACCAAGGAGGAGAAGCAGACCAUUCGGUUCAUCAAAGACAUUUUCCAGAGUAGCGCCAAGGCCUACAUAAUCAUCUUGUUCACCAGGAAAGAGGACCUAGAAGGUGAAUCUCUCGCAAGCUUCAUGUCUGCCCAAGAUAAAGAGCUGAUGAACUACGUCGCUGAAUGUGGGAACCGGUGCUUGACUUUCAGCAACAGGGCCGAAGGGGCAGAACGAGAGGCUCAGGUGGAGGAACUGAUUCAGAUGAUCGAUGGUCUUGUUGAAAAGAACCAAGAUGCUCCAUAUUACUCUGAAGAAACUCAAAAAGGGUCCUCAUGGAAGUUUCCCCGUUCUAAGGGAGAAAGCAAAGCCUCUGUAAUUAAAAACGUGUUGGAACGUACAAAUAUUCCCAGCAUAUUCAAAUAUUAGAGGAAGACAGAUGUCUUAAUGAGCAUAUUGUCCAGCGUGUGGACUGGUGCCUGGCUUUCAAACCCAAAGCCGAAGGAAGGGAGGAAGAAGGGGCUCAGGCCGAGGAACUGUUUCAGUUGAGGAAUGGACUUGUGGGAAGAAACCCUGCCUCCUCCUCUCGGGCUUGGAAAUCUUUGGGUGGCCCUCUGGAGGGGAAUCAUCUUCUUCCUUUCAAGUCCUGCGAGCCAGAAAAGCAGCCCACGCAUCAGCAAACCUUCAGCCCUCCCACCCCGUCUGUAGCAGCUUCUCCCUUCCUGGGCUCUCUUUUAGGGAUCACCCCGAACGGGAGUCCUCUCUCCCCCACCAGGUGAGCAUCUUCCAAAAUGUGUCUCAUGAUGGACUUUUGCAUUUGGCCAGAGCGCCAUCCUCUGCCACUCCUCCCCCCUCCUCCCCCCCCUCCGAACCCAUCAAGUCUACCCAAGAGAAAUCUUUCUCCAUCCAUUUUCAGAGCCGGAUGCUCAGCUGAGCUACAGUCUUUAAAGCUGCCGUAAGGAUUAAGGCAGGGCGGGGAUAGCCGCCUUCUCGGACUCACGCUGGCACCGGGCCAUGGGUCUCCAGGUUGCUGCUGCCACAGAUAGAUGCUCCCUUUCUUCUCCCACCCUCUUCCCUGCCUGCCCUGCUGGAACAGAAGAGUCUUGUGAGGCAAUGGCCGCAUCUCCCCGAGGGGCCUUGCCACAACUCCCAAACACCCUGGAAGUGGCCCUCAAGCGUCUCUGCAGCCCAGGAGGUUGGAUGAAGCCAGAAGCCAGCGGGUGCGAAGGCCAAAUUCUCAGUCCUGCUUUUGGGGCAUGAAUGUGUGGAUUGAUCCUGCAGGAGGAAUCCUGUGGAAUUUGGGUUCCGUUUUUGGCCUUGCUUACUGGUGGAUGUAGGGAAGACCCUGAGGCCGGAUUGGACCAGAGACCCAGCCUUCUGGGCCUUGCUUUUGGUUUGCGGGGCGGGGGGGGGGUGCAGUUAGUUGGGAAAAGGGCUUAUUCGAGUGACUGGGCUAGGGUGUGACUCCUGUCGGGGAGUUGGACGGAAGGGUCAAGAUGGGCUGGGUGAAAUGCAUUGAUGAAUCGUCAAAGGCUGGGUUGCACCCCGGGCACGGCCAGAGCAGAGUCGGCAGCAUCCUGUCCUGCCCGCCAUAAAGAAAGCAACAUGGUUCUGCCCUCCAAAAUGUGAAAGGAAGUCUUGGCCACUAAAUAAAAUCGGGGGGGAGGCAAAUAGCACCCAGCUUUGCACAGGGCCCGACACUAGACAGUCUAGCUGCAGCUGUGCACAAAGCAGUUGCACAUUUGCAUCGUGUUGCUUGGAGAUGCUGUCGAGCACUCUGUUGAUUACCACUAGGCGCUGCUUUGUAAGUAAGAUUAAAGAUGGCAAAUUCAGACAAA